CCAGGUAAAAAUCAGCCAACCCACCACCCACGACCAGAAAGAUGCGAUCUUUAGACGGAUUAGAGAAAUGGUGGUGUGCCGCUCUGUGUUCUUUUGCUUGUUUGUUAUGCACUGAUUAAAGUCUUAGUGCUCAGCGUUGCACGACAAAAGGGUUCCAUCCUAUCGACCUGAAAACUCUGCGUGAAUGCACGCCGGAAGAAGUGUCGACUGCCUGAGUUACGAUCAUGUCCCUAGUUGUUGAGGAGAAGAGGGUCACGAUUCCAAACAAGCAAUACGAGAAGCUGGUUAGGAGUGCUGCAUGAUUCUGGGUCCAAGGAAAUCGUUGUCUUGUGCCAUGGUCUUCUAUCUACAAAGGUUUUUGACUUGUAAUCGAUAUCACAGUCAUUCUUAAUGAAUUUGUUUUGUUUGCUUUCUAUGUAUUUUAAUGAUCUACAGAACAACCCAAACGUGAAAAAAUCUUGCUAAAGCAUUGGUAAACGAAGGAAUCUCAGCCUUUCGAUUCGACUUUGCUGGUAAUGGGUAAGCCACAGAAGUCUGUCUCUUCUUCCACUCAAAGCUCUCUUUUCGGGAUUUCUUUCUCAUGUAUCAUCAAUUGUGCAUUGAUGAUCAAAGGUCAUUUGAUACAGCUUCAGACAACGUUGUUGAGAAAGGGGCUCUUUGUCUUACCAUUACUUGCAGAUAGGGUUGCUGCUUGAUCAUUGGCUUAUCUCAACGUUUGAUUUGCAGGCCAGGCAAAGUGCAGGCACAUUUGGAGGGAAGCUGAUGACUUGCGCUCUGUGAUUGAACACUUUGCUGGAGAAAAUCGAGUUGUUAGUGUGAUUCUUGGCCAUAGUAAAGGUAAUUGGGGCUAGUUUUCCCAGUACACUAUCCAGAGAAAUUUAGUAGAGAGCUUGCUGUUUGAUUCAACUACUGUUCUGCAAUCUUUGUGGGGCUGAAGGGAACGUGGUGCUCCUAUAUGCUUCAAAAUUUCAUGAUAUAAAGACCGUUGUCAAUAUUUCUGGCCGCUAUACCCCGAAAAAUGGCAUUAAGGAGCGCCUUGGAGAAGACUUUCUGGAAAGAAUCAAGGAAGAAGGUUUCAUUGAUGUGAAGAAUCAAGCGGGUAACUGUUUUAACUCUUUCACGUUGAAUUCCCAUUUUAGGGAACCGAGUUAGCAAAUGGCAUCAGCUACACGCCAAGUUACCUGAAUCUCUCUCUGUCUCCCUUGUCUACCUUUUGAGUUCUGUAGGGAAAGUGUUACUGAAUAGGCUUUGAUGGAUAGAAUCAACACAGAUAUGCAAAAAGCAUGCUAGCAAAUUGAUCAAGAUUGCAGGUGGGUGCAAACUGAAACUAAAUGUUCUUAAAAUGUAAACGCAGUGUCAAAGUUCGUUUCAUCUGUAGUUGAUGAUUUUUUUUAGUGCAUCCAUGACUAGGUGUUGUCUACUUCUUCGCUGCCGUGCUAGUUCUAUGUUUUGUAUUGACAGUGUGUUGACGAUCCAUGGAUCUGCUGACGCAAUUGUCCCUGCUGGAGAUGCAUCAGAAUUCGCAAAGGUCAUACCGAACCACAAGCUACACAUCAUCCAAGGUGCCGAUCAUGGAUGGAUACCGUUCUCAUCAAACUGAGCUCGCAUCUGUGGUUUUGGAGUUCGUGAAAUCGAGACUACAGCAGCAGGACAGGAGCUCUACUACUGCCUAGACACCAUUCUGGAUUUGCAGGCAGCAGUUGUAGUUUGCUGUUGUUCUUAUUAACAGCGUAACAGUAGUCAGUAGCUAUACCUGAUAUCAGAUUGAUCUCUUUUGGAGGAAUGCUUGCAGUUCCGUUGAUGUAUUAGUCACUGCCGAGACUUUCCAGUGUAUAGCGAUUAACAAUAGAGCUUGCUUGGCCUACAUCUGUAAGGGAAAAUAAGUUUUUAUUUAUGUACCCGAAUGACCAAACUACAAAAAUUUAAGAUUGAAAUUGAACUAUGUACCACGUAAUUGAAGCAAAUAGCAUCGCCCAACUAACAGUUUCUCCUUGUUCUAAAUUCUAAUAGCAGUGGAGGAAAGUAAAAAACCCAAUUCUCAAUGGCCACUAACGUGUUUGUUUGUAAUUCGUUCGAGUCACUCAUUCCCAAAAGCUUUACUUUCUCACUCCCUUUACUCCCUAUUGCACAGAAGGUACCCGUCUCCACCUCACCACCCCGCCGCCGGCGCCGGAAAUCCGCCAUUGUUUCUAGUAUGGCUCAGUCCACUCAGAACCCAGUGGUUCUGCAGAAGAGAGUCGUAAUUCCAAACAAGCAUGGUGAGAAGCUGGUGGGAGUGUUGCAUGAUUCUGGGUCCAAGGAAAUUGUUGUCCUGUGCCAUGGUUUUAAAUCUUCCAAGGACAACACAACCAUGCCAAACCUUGCUAAUGCAUUGGAAAAAGAAGGAAUCACAUCGUUCCGAUUUGACUUUUCUGGCAAUGGGGAAAGUGAAGGCACAUUUGCUUAUGGUAACUAUGGGAGAGAAGCUGAUGAUCUGCGCUCUGUAGUCGAACACUUUGCAGGAGAGAACCAAGUUGUUAGUGUGAUUCUUGGCCAUAGUAAAGGAGGGAAUGUAGUGCUCCUAUAUGCUUCAAAAUUCCACGAUAUCAGGAACGUUGUAAAUGUUUCUGGCCGCUAUGACCUGAGGAGAGGCAUUGAGGAGCGUCUUGGGGAGGACUUUCUGGAAAGAAUUAAGAAAGAAGGGUUCAUUGAUGUCAAGAAUGAAGCAGGAGAAGUCAAGUAUCGUGUUACCGAAGAGGAUUUGAUGGAUAGACUGAAUACUGAUAUGCACAAGGCGUGCCAGCAAAUUGAUGAAGAUUGCAGUGUGUUCACCAUCCAUGGAUCUGCCGACGAGGUUAUCCCAGUUGAAGAUGCAUGGGAAUUUGCAAAGAUCAUACCAAACCACAGUCUACACAUCAUCGGAGGAGCUGAUCAUCGAUACAGUUCUCAUCAGACUGAGCUAGCAUCCGUCUUGUUGGAGUUCAUAAAAUCAAGACUGCAGCAGCAGGACAAGAGCUCCACUUCCUAGCCCCUUCAUCAAUUUGUAGCUACUGAUAUUUUGCUAUUAUCUCAUCAAACAUUAUAACAUUACCUCUAUUCUCUAUGCAUCAAAUUGGGCAAUUGGCAGAGAAAUGCAUUAUGCAGUUCUGCUGAGGAAUUCGCUGGCAACUGCCAUCUGCCGAGACUUCCCAGUGUGACCUUGUAGAGCUUAAUGAAUGGUACAAGUUUUUCUUCUUUCAGUAGAGCAAAACAAGGUUUCCAGGGUUUGAGAGUGGUAACCUAGUAGCAAUUGUAUCUUAUCUUUGCCUCUCGUUCUAGUACGGGAAUAUUACCAUGAAUAUAGUAUGUUAAUCUCUUGUAUGGUCUAUCUAGGAAAUGAAUUUCAAGAAUGUAG